AAAGGAUCUCCGGAUAACUUGAACCUGAUUUCACCUAUGCUUCACCUUUUCACCUCUUCAACCCUUGUCCUAUUGUCGCCUUCUCUUUCUCUUCCCUAAGUCCAUACUCUAAUUUCUCCUCUCUCCGUAUCAAGACCGGCUCGGAUUUGUUGUUGCGAUAGCAUCCGAUUAACACGGGCGUUCUCACUCAUCUACGAUCCCCCUCAGUCGAGGUAGGCAGCCAACAUGGGUGACAUUGUCAUCAACGCCGACACCUUUUUCGAGCGCCUCUCAACUCUCUACAACUCCUGGAAGGCAGAUAAAAGAGCUGGGGAUGGAUCCUUUGGUGGCGCAGACAGCAUCGUCAUCUUGACCGGAAAGGCCGACCAGGAUACUCAGUAUACCAAGAGCAAUGCCUUACAUUUCUGGCUUUUGGGCUAUGAAUUUCCUGCGACCUUGAUGGUCUUCACCACCGCGGUCUUGUAUAUCGUAACUACGGAGAAGAAGGCCAGACAUCUGCAGAACCUGAAAAAUGGCAAAAUCCCCCUCGAGAUCCUCACGGUCAACACCAAAGAGCCAGAGACCCGCACGAAAGGCUUCGAGAAGUGCAUUGAUGUCAUCAAGAGCGCAGGGAAGAAAGUCGGUGUCAUCCAAAAGGCCGAGGCUCAUGGCCCUUUCGUCGAUGAAUGGAUGAAAAUGUAUGGUGACAUCUCGAAAGAGGUCGAAGAGAUCGAUGUUUCUGGUGCACUUGCGAUGGCGUUCGCUGUCAAGGACGAGAACGAAUUACGGGCGAUGCGCACCGCAGCACAGGCAGCGAGCGCCAUGAUUUCCAAAUACUGGGUCGAUGAAAUGUCAGAGGUGCUUGAUCAAGAGAAGAGAAUAAGCCAUCGGGCUCUCGUCGAUAAGAUGACGAGGAAGAUCGACGACAACAAAUUUUUCAAAGGCAUCUCGAAAAUCCCUAGCGACUUUGAUAAUCAGCAACUGGAUUGGGCGUACGGGCCGAUCGUACAGAGUGGUGGACAGUAUGAUCUGAAACUGACGGCGCAACCUACUGAUGACAAUCUACAUUCUGGAUGCAUUGUCGCCGGUUUGGGUUUCAGAUACAAGACGUACUGCUCUAUCCUGGCGAGGACGUACUUGAUUGAUCCGAGCAAAUCGCAGACUGCCAACUACAAGAUUCUUCUUGCCGCGCACGACGCAGCAAUCAAAGAGAUCAAGGAUGGCAUCGCCAUGAAAGAUGUUUACAACAAGGCACUGGGCGCUAUCAAAGCGCGGAAACCAGACCUCGAAAAGCAUUUCGGUAAAGAUGUCGGAGCUGCUAUCGGAAUCGAAGUGCGUGACCCCAAAUUCGUCCUUAACGGCAAGAAUUCCAAGCUUCUGAAGGAUGGAAUGACCGUCAGCCUCACCACAAGUCUCUCUGAUCUUACCAACGACAAACCUCAAGACAAGAGAAGCGUCAGCUAUACACUAGUCCUGACCGAUACCGUCAGAGUGACUCGCGGUGAGCCUGUGGUGUUCACCAAGGAGGCAUCUACAGAUCUCGACUCCAUUGAAUUCUACUUCAAGGACGAUGAGGAGGAAACGAAACCCAAGCAGGAAAAAAGCAAGAAGCCCGGUGCUAGUGCUAUCGCAGCUUCAAAUAUCAAGUCAACUCGACUUCGAGGUGCAAACCGAGGGGAGAAUGCCAAAGAAGAAGAGGAGGCCCGCCGACGAGAGCAUCAAAGAGAACUUGCUCAGAAGAAACAGCGCGAGGGACUUGAAAAGUAUGCCGAAGCUACAGGCGACAUGAAUGGCGAAAACGAGAAGAAAUUCAAAAAGUUCGAGUCCUAUAAGCGAGACGGCCAACUACCUCCACGAGUCAAGGAUAUGAUCGUGUGGGUCGAUCACAAAGCCUCUACUGUCAUCCUCCCCGUUAUGGGUCGACCCGUGCCAUUCCACAUCAACACAAUCAAAAACGUCAGCAAGUCUGAUGAGGGCGAGUACACGCACCUGAGAUUCAACUUUCUAUCUCCAGGCCAGGGUGUCGGACGAAAGGAUGAUCAGCCUUUUGAGGACCCUCAAGCACAUUUCAUACGAUCACUGACGGUCAGAUCCAAGGACCAAGACCGACUGUCGGAGGUCUCAGCACAGAUCACCGAACUGCGCAAGGCCGCUGUCCGUCGCGAGCAAGAGAAGAAGGAAAUGGAAGACGUUGUUGAACAAGACAAACUAAUUGAGAUCCGCAAUCGUCGACCUAUUAAGCUUACAGAUGUCUAUCUCCGUCCUGCACAAGAUGGCAAGCGUGUCCCUGGGGAGGUUGAGAUUCAUCAAAACGGUCUUCGAUAUCUGUCGCCAUUGCGUAACGAUCAUGUCGACGUUGUCUUCUCGAACGUCAAGCACUUGUUCUUCCAGCCUUGUGUUGGCGAAUUGAUCGUCCUUAUCCAUGUUCACCUCAAGAACCCCAUCAUAAUUGGAAAGCGCAAGACCAGAGAUGUGCAAUUCUACCGAGAGGCUACCGACAUGGCCUUUGAUGAAACCGGAAAUCGCAAGCGCAAGCACCGAUAUGGUGACGAGGAAGAGUUCGAACAAGAACAAGAGGAACGAAGACGGCGAGCAGAACUUGAUCGACUCUUCAAAGGCUUUGCCGAGAAGAUCUCGGACGCGGCAAGAGAGUACAACAUUGCGGUCGACAUUCCGUUCAGAGAACUCAGCUUCAAUGGUGUGCCCUUCCGUAGCAAUGUGCUUAUGGCGCCUACUACGGAUGCACUGGUUCAAUUGACUGAACCACCCUUCACAGUGAUCACUCUCGACGAGAUCGAAAUUGCUCAUCUGGAGAGAAUUCAGUUCGGUCUCAAGAAUUUCGAUAUGGUCUUUGUCUACAAGGACUAUCAUCGAGCGCCAACACAUGUAAACACUAUUCCGGUUGAGUCCCUAGAUCGGGUCAGAGAGUGGCUGGACAGUGUCGAUAUAGCCUUUACCGAAGGGCCACUGAACUUGAAUUGGGGCACCAUCAUGAAGACUGUCACCACUGAUCCUCAUCAGUUCUUCAAAGAUGGUGGUUGGAGCUUUUUGAAUACAGACACCGAUUCAGAAGACAAUGAAGAGUCUGAAGAGGAGAGCGCAUUCGAGAUGAGUGAUUCAGAUCUUGCUGCCAGCGAAUCUGAAAGCGAUGAGGAUAGCGAGUUUGACGAGGAUGCCAGUGACGAUGAGGGCGACGCUGAGAGUGAUUUGAGUGACGAGGGUGAAGAUUGGGAUGAAAUGGAGAGCAAGGCCAAGAAGGAAGAUCGGAGAGGUGGUGUGGAGGAAGAAGACAAGGGCAGAAAGCGGAAGAGAUAAGCAGCCUGCAAUGGAGUGCGCCAUUUUCAAGCUGCUUGCUGUUGAUUGAGUUUGCAAGAGGCUCUGCAAGACGGAGCGGAAAAGUGCUGUAAGGGACGACUCUUGAUGCAGGGCGAAAGGUUCCUUAGCUCUUGAUACCUGCUAUAUGCGUUUUUUGUAUUGGUACAUCACGUUGAUCAA